AUGGCUCCAAAUCACGUUCUUUUUUUCCCGCAGGAGCGGGUCACCUUUGAUGCCGUGCACGACUUAAACGUGCGCUCUAAGUCACGCCGCAGACUCCAGAGCCUUUUGGCUGCGGCAUCAAACGUCGUACAGCACUGGACAGCAUCUCUUGAUGGACUCGAGCGUGCCGAUAUCGGUUCCUUUGAGGACUUAGUGGAGCUCGCUGAGCGGCAGACCACCCAGACCCGGGGUAGCAUUGUCGCUGACCUGGUACUUCUGACCACCGUCCAGAUCGGCCAGCUGCUUGUCCUCGCCGAAGAUGAUCCAGCGAUCUUAUCCGGACAUGCAGGGGCAAGGGCAAUUCCCAUGGGAUUCGGCGCCGGGCUGGUGGCCGCUGGUGUAGCUGCAGCCGCCACGUCAGCGGAUGGGAUAGUCAACUUGGGCCUGGAGGCUGUCUCGGUGGCCUUUCGUCUGGGGGUAGAACUCCAGCGGAGGGGAAAAGACAUCGAAGACUCGAAUGGCCCAUGGGCGCAAGUGAUCUCCAGCGCCACCACCAUUGCAGACCUGGAACAGGCACUGGAUAGGAUCAACGCCUCACUCAGACCGAUAAACCAAGCAUAUAUCGGGGAGGUCAUGACAGAAAGCACGGUCGUCUUUGGACCACCGUCCACCUUGGACGCCCUGGCGAAGAGACCGGAACUCGCCCAUGCAACGAUCACCAGCCCUGCCUCAGCACUGGCCCAGGUGCCGCUGCAUGGGGCUCAUCUGCCCCCUAUCAGCGCGACUAUGAUUGCGGCUUCUUCGUCACAACAGGCCACAGAGCUUUGGAAGCUUGCUGUGGAGGAAGUCGCUAACAAGCCCAUCGACGUUCAUCAGGCCGUCACUGCCCUUAUUCAUGACCUGCAUAGGGCCAAUAUCACAGACAUCGUCCUCACUGCCAUCGGCGCCUCAACUGAGACGUCGGGAAUCCAGAGUCUCCUGGAGAAGAAUGGCCUCGCGGUGGAGCUUGGGCAGCUUAGUCCUACGCCGAGGCCGUAUGGAAACGACCUCGACAGCAUCCCAGCCGACGCCAUUGCCGUCGUUGGCAUGUCCGGACGCUUCCCUAACAGCGACACUCUUGACGAGUUCUGGCGGCUGCUGGAGACGGCAACUACAACCCAUCAGGUCAUCCCCGAGAGCCGGUUCAAUGUCGAUGACUUCUAUGACCCUACUCGCGCAAAGCACAACGCGCUCCUGGCGCGCUAUGGUUGCUUCCUGAAGAACCCCGGCGACUUUGACCACCGACUCUUCAACAUCUCUCCUCGCGAGGCGAUGCAGAUGGAUCCCGUGCAGCGCAUGCUCCUCAUGACCACGUACGAAGCCCUGGAGAUGGCGGGCUACUCACCUCCAACCCCCGCCGCACCCGGUGACAGCGAGCAGGCGCCGCCUCGCAUUGCAACCUACUUUGGCCAGACAAUCGACGACUGGAAGAGCAUCAACGACCAGCAGGGGAUAGACACCCACUAUCUCCCCGGUGUCAACCGUGGUUUUGCGCCUGGCCGACUAUCCCACUUUUUCCAGUGGGCCGGUGGCUUCUACAGCAUCGACACAGGCUGCUCAUCCAGCGCGACAGCACUGUGCCUUGCGCGGGACGCUCUGACGGCAGGCAAGUACGACGCCGCCGUUGUCGGCGGUGGUACGCUGCUGACCGCGCCGGAAUGGUUUGCAGGACUGAGCCAGGGGGGUUUCCUGUCGCCUACCGGCGCUUGCAAGACGUACUCAGACAGCGCGGACGGCUACUGCCGUGGUGAGGGCGUGGGUGUAGUAAUUCUCAAGCGUCUGGCUGAUGCUGUCCGGUCCAAGGACAACGUCAUCGCAGUAAUCGCCGGUGCAUCUCGCAACUGCAAUGCGGGCGCUGGCUCCAUCACCUACCCAGGCGAGAAGGCCCAGGGGGCUCUCUAUCGCCGAGUGAUGCGCCAGGCGGCCGUCAGGCCGGAGCAAGUGGACGUCGUCGAGAUGCAUGGAACUGGGACCCAGGCUGGGGACCGUGUUGAGACACAUGCCGUUCAGAGCGUCUUUGCGCCGUCAAACGGGAACCAGCGCGAGAAACCGCUGAUUGUGGGCGCCCUAAAGGCGAAUAUCGGACACAGUGAGGCCGCUGCGGGUAUCAUCUCCCUGAUGAAGGCAAUUCUCAUCCUGCAGCACGACAAGAUUCCAGCGCAGCCGAACCAGCCCAUCAAAAUGAACCCAUAUCUUGAACCGUUGAUCGGGAAACAAAUCCAGCUAGCAAAUGGACAGUCUUGGACCCGGAACGGCGCCGAGCCCCGGUAUAUCUUCGUUAACAACUUCGACGCUGCCGGAGGCAAUGUCAGCAUGCUGCUACAAGAUCCCCCGGCGUUUGCCCUGCCAGCCCCAGCUUCUGGGCCUGGUCUUCGAACACACCACGUCGUUGUCACCUCGGGACGCACCGCAACGGCCCAUGAGGCCAAUCGGAAGCGCCUUCAUGCGUAUCUCUCUGCGCACCCAGACACCAACCUCGCCGACCUCGCCUACACGACGACCGCACGCCGGAUACACAACGUCCACCGUGAGGCGUAUGUGGCCUCAUCUACUAGCGACCUUGUGCGGCAGCUCGAGAAGCCAUUAGCAGACAAGGUGGAAUCCGCGCCGCCACCCGCAGUCGUCUUUACCUUCACAGGCCAAGGCGCACAGAGCUUGGGCAUGGGGGGUGCUCUGUAUAGCACGUCGCCCACCUUCCGUCGCCUCUUGGACUCUCUGCAGUCGAUCUGCGAGGUGCAGGGGCUGCCGACGAAGUUCCUCAACGCCAUCCGCGGUAGCGGCGCCGAAGGCGCUACCGUCACCGAAGUGGACAUGCAGGUUGCGACUGUCGCCCUCGAGAUCGCUCUCGCUCGGUACUGGCGGUCGCUGGGCAUCCGACCGACGGUGCUGAUCGGCCACAGCCUGGGAGAGUAUGCAGCGCUCUGUGUGGCCGGGGUGCUGUCUGCCAGCGAUGCUCUGGCCCUGGCCUUCAGACGCGCCACGCUCAUCUUCACUCGGUGUCCGCCAUCCGAAGCAGCAAUGCUGGCUGUUGGACUGCCGAUGCGCACUGUGCAGUAUCGCAUCCGUGAUUCAGCGGCCACCACUGGAUGCGAGGUUUGCUGUGUCAACGGCCCAUCCAGCACCGUGGUAGGGGGCCCUGUCGCCGCCAUCCAGGCCCUCGACGAAUACCUAAAGUCGGAUGGCAAGGUGUCGACCACACGUCUGCGAGUGCAGCAUGCUUUCCAUACUCGCCAGAUGGAUGUCCUGUUGGACGAGCUCGAGGCCAGUGCAGCCCAGGUCCCUUUCCACGCUCCGACCCUUCCUGUGGCGAGCACCGUCCUCGGACGCAUUGUCAGGCCCGGCGAGCAGGGCGUUUUCGAUGCCAACUACCUGCGCCGUCACACGCGGGAGCCAGUGGCCUUCCUUGACGCUGUGCGCGCUUGCGAGACAGAGGGACUCAUACCAGACCGCUCAUUUGCCGUCGAGAUCGGGCCCCAUCCUAUCUGCAUCAGUCUGAUGGCUACCUGCCUGCAGUCGGCCAAAAUUAACGCCUGGCCCAGCCUCCGUCGCGGCGGCGAUGAUUGGCAAUCGGUCUCCUCGACUCUUGCUGCAGCCCACAGUGCGCAGCUCCCGGUGGCCUGGAGUGAGUUCCACAAGGACCAUCUUGACACUGUUCGCUUGAUCAGUGAUCUCCCCACGUAUGCAUUCGACCUCAAGACCUUUUGGCAUUCAUACAAAACCCCUGCUGCGGCUGUGAGCGCCGCGUCGGCCACACCAUCCACUACCGGGCUCUCGAGGCUGGCAUCUACCACACUUCAUGCAGUUGAGAAGUUGCAGCGAGAGGAGGGGAAGAUUUUGGGGACAUUUACAGUAGACCUCUCCGAUCCCAAGCUGGCCAAGGCCAUCUGUGGCCAUGUCGUCGAUGAGUCGGCCAUCUGCCCAGCCAGUAUCUUCAUCGACAUGGCCUACACCGCGGCAGUUUUUCUAGAGCAGGAGAACGGCGCUGGUGCUGCACUGAACACCUACGAGCUGAGCAGUUUAGAGAUGCACAGCCCGCUGGUGCUCCGCGAGGAUAUAGAAGUCCUGCCGCAGGUCUGGGUCGAGGCGGUCCUCGACAUCAAGUCCAAUGCCGUGUCUGUGCACUUCAAGGGCCAAACCUCGAAAGGAGCAGUUGGGUACGGCUCGGCGACGAUGCGUCUAGGCCAGCCCGAUUCGGCCGUUCGAAGGGACUGGUCUCGCAUCCAGUCGCUGGUAAGGGCGCGCGUGCAGACCCUCAACCGCUCCGUCCGGCCUCGCGAAGUCCAUGCCAUGGACACGGCGCUCUUCUACAAGGUCUUCUCAGAGAUCGUUGACUACUCGGCGCCAUAUCACGCAGUCCAAGAAGCAGUGAUAGCCGCUGAUUUCCACGACGCUGCUGUCACUCUCCAACUGACGCCCACCGCUGACCUGGGUACCUUCACCAGCAGCCCCUUCGCCGUGGAUGCUUUGGUCCAUGUUGCCGGCUUCCUGCUCAACGCAGACGUCCGCCGACCGAAGAAUGAAGUCCACAUUGCCAACCACAUUGGCUCGUUGCGGAUCGUGGGCGAUCUCUCUUCGCCUGGCCCGUACCACGUCUACGCGACGAUCCGCGAGCAGGAUCAGAAGGCUGGCACAAGUCUGUGCGACGUCUAUACCACCGAUAGCCAGGACCGCCUUGUUGCAGUCUGCUCGGACAUCUGCUUCAAGAAGCUAGAGCGAGACUUCUUUGCCCUGCUCACUGGUGCCACCCGCGGCCGCUCCACCAAGCCGGUGGCUGCUGCGCCGGCCAAGUCUAUGGCAAAGCGUGCCCGGCAGCUCGCUCCAUCGCCCAGCCCCAGCAGCUCUUCCGGCUCGAACACCCCAAUGUCGAGGUCACCAACACCUAGCAGCGUGUCAGAUAUGGUCGACUUGGGCACAGAAUUGCUGCAGGCCGUAGCUGAGCAGACUGGGGUCAGUGUGGCGGAGAUGAAGAGCUCACCCGGCACCACCUUUACCGAGUUCGGGGUCGAUUCGCAGAUGGCCAUCUCCAUCCUGGCUAACUUCCAGCGCACUACGGCCGUAGAGCUGCCGGCAGCCUUCUUCACCAACUUCCCUACUCCGGCUGACGCCGAAGCCGAGCUGGGAGGCUCAGCACUGGAUGACCUGGAGGAGGACAUCACCAAGCCGACCCCUAGCCCAGAACAGACCCAAGCCCGGAAGCAAGGCCCGGCACCAAGCCAGCACCUGCUCUCUCUCGUGGCUCAAGCGCUGGGAUUGGAAGCCAGUGAUCUCACGCCGUCGACGACCUUUGACUCGGUGGGUAUGGACUCGAUGCUCAGCAUCAAAAUCACCGCUGCCUUUCACGCCAAGACGGGGAUCGAACUCCCUGCUGCGUUCUUCAGCGCCAACCCUACAGUGGGCGCCGCCCAGGAAGCUCUGGAUGAUGACGCAGAGGAGGAGAGUGCCCCUGCCCAGACAUCGACGAACCCAGCGAAAGAGACCACGAUCGACUCCAGCCGCCAGCACAAACUGGAUGCCGCCGUCUCGCGUGCAUCCUACAUCCACCUGAAAGCCCUCCCCAAGGGCCGGCGGAUUUACGCCCUCGAGUCCCCCUUCCUCGAGCAGCCGGAGCUCUUCGACCUCUCCAUUGAGGAGAUGGCCACCAUUUUCCUGCGCACAAUCCGGCGCAUCCAGCCUCAUGGACCCUACCUCAUCGGCGGUUGGUCCGCGGGCUCUAUGUAUGCCUACGAGGUUGCCCACCGUCUGACACGCGAGGGUGAAACCAUCCAGGCCCUUAUCAUCCUCGACAUGCGCGCACCCUCGCUCAUUCCGACCUCUAUCGUAACGACCGAUUUUGUCGACAAGCUCGGUACCUUUGAGGGCAUUAACCGCGCACGCGACCUCCCUGAAGACCUCUCAGUCAAGGAGCGUGCCCAUCUCAUGGCAACUUGCCGGGCCCUCUCCCGCUACGAUGCACCGGCGUUCCCAUCGGACCGCCAGCCAAAGCAAGUCGCCGUUGUCUGGGCCUUACUGGGUCUCGAUAAUCGGCCGGAUGCCCCAAUUGCCUCCAUGGGUCGACCUGGCUUGGAUAUCGGCAAGAGUAUGUACGAGAUGAACCUGGAUGAGUUUGAGCGCUAUUUCAACUCCUGGUUCUAUGGGCGCCGACAGCAGUUUGGGACGAAUGGGUGGGAGGAUUUACUUGGAGACCAUAUCGCUGUCUAUACCGUCAAUGGAGAUCACUUCUCCAUGAUGUGCCCGCCCUAUGCAAGUGAGGUUGGUGAUAUUGUUAUUGAAACUGUGACUCGGGCGGUGGAAUAG